CAUCUCUCUUUCUCUCUCUCUCUCUCUGUCUCUCUCUCUGUCUCUCUCUCUGUCUCUCUCUCUCCCACUCUUUGUCUGAGUUUUAUGAGUUGAUCAGUUUCAUAAUUUUGUAUGGUUAUUGUUGGAUGUUGUUUUAGGUUUUUAUUCAUAACAUGAAGCUUAAAAGUGGAUAGAGAUCGAGGAUCUGCAUAAACCUCUAUAUCUGGUUACUUAUAUAUAGAGAGAGAGUUAUAAAUACUUACAACACUGCUUAUUCUAUUUGUUUCUUUUGAGAGAAUUUCUUUAAAAAAAAAAAAACAUUGUCUCUUGGGUUGAAUCCAAUAUGAUGAUGAUUAUUUUAUAUAUUCACCCAUGUAUAUUAAGCCUAGCUAAUCAAGUAUCAAUUUAUUUCUCUUUUAUCACUUAGUUGGUGUUUUUUUUUUUGGGUUUUUUGUCUUUGGAUUUUCUUUUUUCCUUUUUUUUUUCCCCUUUUUUGGUUUGUAAAAAACCAAGAUCCAUGGCCCAUGAUAUGCAAACUCUGGAGGUGGUCAAGUUCAUUGGUUUAUGUAAGAGAAGAUGAUGAAAAGCUUUAUGUUCCACCAACAACAACAGCAACAGCAACAACAACAACAAGUUUUGGAAGAGAAUAUGUCUAAUUUAACUUCAGCUUCUGCAUCUGGUGAAGCCAGUAUUUCAUCUGGGAAUAGAACUGAAGCUGGUUCUAAUUAUCCUCAACAGUACUUCACCACUAGUCAACAACCUCAAACUCAGCCAGUUAAGAGAAAGAGAAACCUACCAGGCAACCCAGACCCAGAUGCAGAAGUGAUCGCUUUGUCACCAAAGACACUCAUGGCGACAAAUAGAUUCGUGUGUGAGAUCUGCAACAAAGGGUUCCAAAGAGACCAGAACCUUCAGCUUCAUAGAAGAGGGCAUAAUUUGCCAUGGAAGUUAAAGCAAAGAACAAACAAAGAGGUGAGGAAGAAGGUGUAUGUAUGUCCAGAAACAAACUGUGUGCACCAUGAUCCGUCGAGGGCGCUGGGGGACUUGACUGGAAUCAAGAAGCACUUCUCGAGGAAACAUGGCGAGAAGAAGUGGAAAUGUGAAAAGUGUUCGAAGAAGUAUGCGGUUCAAUCGGAUUGGAAAGCUCACUCCAAGACUUGUGGCACCAGAGAAUAUAGAUGUGACUGUGGAACCCUCUUCUCACGGAGGGAUAGUUUCAUCACCCAUAGAGCCUUCUGUGAUGCUUUAGCAGUGGAGAGUGCAAGAGCAAUAAACCCACUUCUCUCCCCUCAUCAACCAGGCACAGCAGCAGCAUCUCACAUGAAUUUACAAGUGCCCCAAUUCAAUCCCCAUGACAUCAAACUCCAAGCAUUUUCACUUAAGAAAGAGCAGCAAAGUUUCACGCCUCUAAGGCCAGAGAUUCCACCAUGGCUGGCUAGCCAACCGAUGCUCGGGGCUGGUCCUGGCCCACCACACCCUAUCGACCUUUCCUCCCCCUCAUCAUCAAUAUUCUCCCCGAGAUUAGAUCAUCAAGAUUUAACACUUCAUGGAACCCCCAGCGCUAACCCUAGUCUUGUCCCCACACUCCCUCCAUACCAUCACACAGCACUGCCUUCCCCUCACAUGUCGGCCACUGCAUUGCUCCAGAAAGCAGCUCAUAUGGGUGCGACCAUGAGCCGUAAAUCUGGGUCAUCAUCAGUACCGUCCACUGUUGCAGCAGCAGCAUCUGCCUCUUUGAUGAGACCCCACCAACAAACUCACGUGUCUCCCGAUUCUGCUGGCACUAACAACAACACAACAACAGCUGGUUUUGGACUCGACUUGCCUUCACGUGAAGAACUAGAUGUGGGUAGCAGCAGUGGCAUUAUCCACGGCUUGGCUCCUUUCGGGAACCGUAAACCUGCUGCCAAUGCAGGCGAUGAUGAUGAUGAUAAUAAUAAUAUUGCUGGCUCAGGUGCUACUCCUUCCCUUCUUCAAGACAUGAUUAACUCUUUGUCUUCUGCCACUGGAUUUGACGCCACUAAUUCCUUUGAUGACAUUGCAUUUGGUGGGAUUUUUAACGCAACAAAGAAGCUAUGUGGCAGUUCCAUCAACGAAUCCUUCUCGAAAACAACUACACCAACAGUACCCACGACGACAAACGGCACUAGAAACGAUCACCAUGGAAGUACUGCCGGUAGUACCACCACCACCACCACUCAGGGUGGUGAUCAAGGCUUGACAAGAGAUUUCUUGGGUCUUCGAGCUUUCUCUCAUACCGAUAUUCUCAACAUUGCCGGUCCUGGUCGUAAUUACUGCAUCGACACUUCGCAAGAACAACACAACCAGUCUCAAAAACCAUGGCAAGGUUAGGUAAUAUAGCAACUCUUUUUUGUUCAAAUGCUAUAUCUUAAAUUUUAUAAGCUCCUUUUUCGUGUUUUAUUCUGUUUCUUUAUCUUUAAUUAAUUUCCUUCUACCUUUUGCUACAAUCUUUCUAAAGGGAAGGACCUCUAAAAAUACUGAUAUAUAUAAUAAUAUCAGUUCUUCUUCAUAUUCA